CUCACUUCGUCAGAAAAAGAUUUUAUUUUUCUAGUUUUUCAAUAUUGACAGGAGUUGGUGGAAGUUCCAUUGCUUGUUAACACAGACACACAGACAGGCAGAGACACGGGGAGGACAGGUAGACAGGUAGACAAACACGCGGGUAGAAAGACUUAAUCAUAUCACACACAUACACACACAUAUAUAUAUAUGUAUGUAUAUAUAUACAUAUAAUAUAUAUACAUAUAAUAUAUACAAACAGACAGAUGAACAGAACUACAAAGAAAAACUAAGAAAAUGUUAAGACAAUCAUGAAAUAAAGACAAGAAGAAAAUAGAAAAACAAGCAGAAAAACUUCACAAAUAUUUUUCGAAGGGAAAAACAAUUUAAAAAAAAACAAAUUUUAUUUGAGACAGAGACUGGGAUCGAAACCGCGUCUCAGACUGACAGACAGCUGACUGAGAGAGAAAAAAAUAGAGAGAGCAACAGAAGAGAAAGAAGUAGUUUAAUACAGGAGGCGUCGUCUAAUCAUAUUGAAAUACUCAGGAAUGGUUUGUUAAAACUCAACUUCUUUGAAUCAAACGGCAGAGAAGGGAGAAAUCAAGAAGAAAGCCGGUGACACAUUAAUCGGAGCUAGUCUCUCGAGAGGAUUGUAUUUUUAUAUAUACAAAUAUAUCUAUAUAUAUAUUUUUAAUUCAAAAAUUAAUAAAGUAAUAUGGAUUCCAGUGAAUUUCGAAAGAGAGGCAAAGAAAUGGUUGACUAUAUCGCAGACUAUAUGGAAACCCUCAGCGUACGCAAAGUAACGGCACAAGUCGAACCCGGUUAUUUACGUCGGCUGCUUCCAAACAAAGCUCCUUACAGAGGAGAAACAUGGGAAGCCAUUAUGAAGGAUGUUGACAAUGCAAUUCUACCUGGUAUCACGCAUUGGCAACAUCCGAACUUCCACGCUUACUUUCCCUCAGGUAAUUCCUACCCGUCUAUUAUCGGAGACAUGUUAUCAGAUGCCAUUGGUUGUGUUGGAUUUUCUUGGGCAGCCAGCCCUGCGUGUACAGAGUUAGAAACUAUCGUGUUGGACUGGGUUGGUAAAAUGAUUGGUUUACCGAAAGAUUUCUUACAUGAAAGUGGCAAAGGCGGUGGUGUCAUACAGGGUUCUGCCAGUGAAUGUGUUCUGGUUACAAUGCUGACAGCUAGACAUUCAACCUUGAAGAAACUAAAAGGGUCUUUCCCAUUCGUUGAAGAUGGAACUCUUCUCACUAAACUGGUCGGAUAUUCGUCAAAACUUGCUCAUUCAUGUGUUGAGAAGGCAGGGAUAAUCAGUUUAAUCAAACUAAGAGAACUUGAGGUGGAUGAUAAUUACUCACUUCGAGGCCAUACACUGGAAUCAGCCAUCGAGGAAGACCGAAAACUGGGUUUAAUACCAUUCUUCGUAUGUGCCACUCUCGGUACAACAGCAGUGUGCUCUUUUGAUGCACUUAAUGAAAUUGCAGAAGUGUGCAACAGAGAACGACUAUGGCUUCAUGUGGAUGGUGCAUAUGCAGGUAAUGCCAUGAUAUGUCCUGAGUUCCAGCAUUUACUUUCUGGCAUUGAGUUUGCUCACUCUAUCAAUUUUAACCCGAACAAAUGGAUGUUGGUCAACUUUGACUGCUCCCUCUUGUGGGUGAAAGACAGCCAGCUGUUGUCAGAGGCCUUGACCGUUGACCCAAUCUAUCUACAACAUCCACACGGAGAUAAAGCCAUUGAUUUCAGGCAUUGGGGAAUUCCGUUGAGUCGAAGAUUCCGGUCAUUGAAAUUAUGGUUUGUUCUGAGAACAUACGGUAUUGAAGGAUUGCAGCAUUAUAUUCGAGAACAUGUCAGACUUGCCAAAUUAUUUGAAUCCAAAGUGUUGGAAGAAGACAGAUUUGAAGUAUUGGGAGAAGUGAUUAUGGGACUCGUCUGUUUUCGAUUGAAGGGUCCGAAUACUUUAACCCAGAAACUCCUCCGGCAAAUCAACGAGUCCGGACGUCUUCACAUGGUCCCUGCCCUGUUGAACGAACAUUACAUCAUUCGAUUUGCCAUCUGUGCGCAAAAUGCAGACGACAGUGACAUCAUCUAUGCAUGGCAGACGAUCUCAAAAAUCGCUGACGAGUUGUUGGCCAGUCGAGAACGAGAAUCAAGCGUGCGUGAAUCGAGGCGAAUUGCUUUGUCCGACACAAGCGAAGAAGGCGAAUCGGCUGAAGAAGAAGAAGUUUUUCUCGAAUUUGAUAAAGAGAACAUCUACGACAAUCAGCAACUCAACUUCCAGAGGGCUCGAAUGCGUCGCAACCUUUUCCUGCGCAUGGUAUCUGACCCUAAAUCAUAUAGCCCUCACAUGAUGAAGUCCUAUAGCAUUGAUGAUUCGUCCAGUCGUCUUCCGAGUGAUACACCCAGCGAAACUGGUUCCACUAACAGCACCAAACGUUCGCCGAAAACACCACAACAGGCCACUCCUUUAUAAUCCAAUCUAUUUUAAGAUUUUAGAAUUUAUGGGGUGAUGAAUGGGACCUUUGAAGGUAUCUGGAUACCCUGUUUUAGCCGGUUUCUUUUCCUGGUGACUGUUUUUGGUGUUAAUUUGUACGUUAUUUGAUUGGUUGUUUGCUUGCUUGAUCAAACUAGUUUGUUUUUGUCGUAUAUGAUGGUCAACUUGUGUUGAGCGUUAUAGAGAAGAUGAAUGCUUGAUUCAUGAUUUACACACACACACACACACACACAAAUACAUACACACACAAAUAUAUACACCAACGCAAACACAAUUAUUUAUAUCAAUUAUAUAUAUACACGCAAAUAGUUAUUAGGUAGAAAGGAGAGCUCAGAUGGCCAAAUCGAUAAGGUAUCUGUUAACAGCCCAAGUGACACAAACGCUUGAUUAUAUAUCUUAAUCUUUUUUUAAGUAAGUUAUUGUUAAAAUAACUUAUUGAUCUGUCAACCUAAUUUCGUGUUUCUUUGUUCAAUUAUUCAUUUCGACUGGUUCAUAUCCAUUGUCUUCAGAUAUCCUAAACAAAUCCUUACUUCUGACCUAAGAGUUUGAAUGCCCCUUACACAAUGCCUUAGUCACGUGACAUAAUUAUUUCUGAAAUUUGUUGAAAUUCGAACAGUAAUUGCCUAAGUGAGAUGUGACUUAGUUAUAAGCGUUAGAAAUACAUUUUCUGAGUUCGAACCCAGACUACAUGUGUAUAUAGAGCACAAAAAAUGAUCGUUGAUUGGAGCAAUGAUGAAGCAGUAUGAUAAGAAAGCUGUGUGGUGUGCGGAAGAUGAGGGUUCAUGCGAUGAAAAUAUUAUACAAUUACAUAUACUUAUCCCGUCGUCUUUGUUCGUCACAUUCAAAGUAUAUCAUUAUUAUUUAACCACGCCUACCCUGAUUGAAGAAGCCAAUCAUUGAAGGCGUUGCAACUAUGAAACACUCUUUUUUUUUCUUUUUAGUUAGUUUACUUAACCACGUGAUCUAACGUGUUCUUUUUAAAAAACAGGAAUGUGUCCUUUGAGAGUGAGAGGGGGAGGAGAGAUGGAAGGAGCAGAAGAGUGAAACAGACAGAGAUAAACAGAGAAAUUCUAACGGGUCGAGCAGCCACAUAGAGUUUCCUUUAUUAGUUCGUUCCGAGUAAAUGGCAGGAAUGUUAGUAAUUGUUAUGUGUAGUCUGGAUUCUAAUGGAAUAGACAACCAAUAUGAAAGCCAUUGUUAUUGUUUACGUGUUUAUUUACUUUUCAUGUUACACGGACUUCGACAUUCAGCGUAGUGAUACAUUAUAUACUUUACACACAGUUGUACUGUUCACUAACAAAAUAGUGCCAAGAGUGGGAAUGUAUUCUAUGCACGUAUACACAUAGAUAUGAAUGUGUAACAGUAAUAGUCAAGGAGAGUUCAUUAUUCCUAGUCUUCUUGAGUCAACAAAGGAGUACAAAAAGAAAAACUGAUGGGUUUUUUUUUAUCGUUUGUUACUUUGAAGAAUUCAGUGGAUUUAGGUAAGAAUUAAACAGAUUACAGCUUAGGGUUUACCUGUCUGGAAGGGCCUAUCAAAAUCUCGGAAUUUUUUUUUCAUUCAUUACAGUGUUAUUAGAGUUCGUAUUUGAGUGAUAAUUUAAACCAGUUUUUGCCUCAAUCUAAUAAUUAUUUAAACAAUUAAAACAGGAAAUCUUACUUAACUAAAAGUUUAUGAAAUUAUUUUGCUCUUUUAAUUUAAAGACAUUUCGUCAUUUGAAUUACAGCGAACGAAUUUCCAGUUUCUUAUUUUUUCCUAUUGAAAUUGCAUAAUUAAAAACAUAAUUUUAAAGCAGCUCUAUAUUUAAGAGAUGAGGAAUUAUGUAUGUUAUUUACAUUAUUUACAUUUGACGGAUAUUUUUCCUCAUCUUGUACGGAUAUUUGUACCUCAUCAUGCAGCUGUGGUAGGUUAUACAAAGGCGAAACAUGCCGCCCCUUCAAAAUAAAGGUAGAGGAACAUCGCAAAGCUGUGACACGAGGAGAUAUUGAUAAAUCGAGUAUAGCUGUUCAUGUAUGGAAAAAUGGAGACCACCUCCCUCUGUGGGAUGAAGUCAAAAUAAUAGACGGAGAACACCACUGGAAAAUACAAAAACUAAAAGAAGCAGCACAUAUGCUAGGACACAGCCUCCUAAGCAGAUCGA